UGGUGUAUGUGUCAAAAUUAUCUUGUAACUUUGGUCUAUGAACACACAAGUAUCUUAUAUUUUUUUAUACUAUUUGGUGGAAGGUAGUUGUAUUUACGUACGUUCCCACCAUCAACUAAUAAACUCAACCAGUGAAAAAUGCUAUUUUCUGUUUGCUAUUGGGUGGCUUAGCUUUUGUAAUUUUGAUUGAAAAGGUGAACACCCUUUUGCUCUUGGAGUUCGAACAUUGAACAUGGCCACAAAAGGGUCAAGCUCUUCUGCUGCUGCUUCAGCUUCUGGGGAUGCAAAAAUCAAAAGGGUUCUCACACAUGGUGGUAAAUAUGCACAGUACAAUGUGUACGGAAACUUGUUCGAGGUGUCUUCCAAGUAUGUGCCUCCUAUUCGCCCAAUUGGUAGAGGCGUUAAUGGCAUCGUCUGUGCUGCUGUUAAUUCCGAAACACACGAGCAAGUUGCCAUCAAGAAGAUUGGUAACGCGUUUGACAAUAUAAUUGAUGCUAAGAGGACAUUGAGAGAAAUCAAACUCCUUCGUCACAUGGAACAUGAAAAUAUCAUUGGCAUCAAGGAUAUCAUACGACCCCCCAAAAGGGAGACCUUCAAUGAUGUGUACAUUGUUUACGAGUUGAUGGACACUGAUCUUCAUCACAUAAUUCAUUCUGACCAACCUCUUGGUGAAGAGCAUUGCCAGUACUUCUUAUACCAGCUGUUACGGGGGCUGAAAUAUGUGCACUCAGCUAAUGUUUUGCACCGUGACCUUAAGCCCAGUAAUUUACUUAUGAAUGCAAACUGCGACCUUAAAAUUGGGGACUUUGGGUUGGCAAGAACAACAUCUGAAACAGAUUUCAUGACAGAGUAUGUAGUCACACGAUGGUACCGUGCCCCAGAAUUGCUCCUUAACUGUUCCGAGUACACCUCUGCAAUUGAUGUUUGGUCUGUUGGGUGCAUACUUGGUGAAAUUAUGACCAGAGAACCCUUGUUUCCUGGCAAAGACUAUGUUCACCAAUUAAGGCUUAUAACAGAGUUAUUAGGUUCACCGGAUGAUGCAAGCCUAGAAUUUCUCCGGAGUGAUAAUGCCAGAAGAUACAUUAGACAGCUUCCACAGUACCGGAAGCAAAAAUUCUCCGCCAGAUUCCCUAACAUGUUGCCUGAGGCACUGGACCUGUUAGAGAAGAUGCUUAUAUUUGAUCCAAACAAACGCAUUACAGUUGAUGAGGCACUAUGUCACCCUUAUCUUUCAUCACUUCAUAACAUCAAUGAUGAGCCAGUCUGUCCCAGGCCAUUCAGUUUUGAUUUUGAUCAGCCAACGUGCACUGAAGAGCACGUGAAGGAGCUCAUUUGGAGGGAAUCAGUGAAGUUCAAUCCAGAUCCACCCUGCCAGUAAUUCUUUCUUAUUUGUAUAAAUGUAACAAGAUGAACCUCUUUCACCUUAAAUGUAUUGCCUGUGCAACACCAAGACGAUUUGCUAGGGACAAAUUGAAGUUCUCUUUUCUUUUAAUCUAGUCCUACACCAACGAGGGUACGCAAACAAAUUUCUCCUGGAAAAUGGGUAAUCGUUAGAAAUCUAGUUGGAUGUCACAGGCCUUUAUAAGAGUAAUAAAAAUGCUGUGUUGUAUUGUGCUA